CUAAAAGAAAAUUUGUGUUAGGCAUGAUCAGUUGCAUGAUGCAUUGGGCUUCCUCUAUUUUGAGCUCUAUAGAUCCAGGAUCUUCACCGUAAGGAAUCUUCGUAGCUUUUGUCUCCUUUAUCUUUUCCCCCAAAUUCUGGAUUCUAUAAAGCACCAUCCUUUUUCUCGAGUUCCAAACUAUCUAAAGUUCCUCCCUUUUUUCAUUAUUUUACAACCCAAAACGCCCACCUUCACAAUCCACACAGACACAGUUCCAAGUUGAAACUCCGUACCUUAGAGAAUUUUACAAUAUCUUCACUUCCAGCAUCAAAAUCAUGGUAAUAUAAAAGGUGAUGGUUGUCUGAUUGAAAAACAAUGGAAACCAAUGGUAGAAAUCCUAAUUCACCUGAAAAUCCUUCUGCAAGGGUUUCAAAUGAUGCUAGCGAAGAGCAAUCAACCGCAAAAGAGGCUUUUGUCAACCAUGCUGAGAUAAGUUGGCAUGAGAUGAGAAGACAGUGGGUUGGUGAUGAGUCUCAAAGGUCAAGAAGGAUGCCUCAAGAGCCAAUAAUGAGUUGGACCACAACUUACGAGGACUUACUUUGUUCUACUGAACCUUUUCAACAGCCAAUCCCAUUAGCUGAGAUGGUGGAUUUUUUAGUUGACAUCUGGCAUGAGGAAGGCCUUUAUGACUAAAUAAGUGGGGAGUUUCAGUAGUUGCACAGAUUUUUGGUGCAGAUAAAUGAAAGAUUAAGCAGAACUCAUAGUUUUAUGGAUUAUGAACUUUAACUGCUAAAAUUGAUUUGGUUAGUAUAGACUAUAGUUGAUUCUCUUGUUCUUGAUUAAUGACGAGAGGGAAUUUGAUAUAGAAUUGACUGACAUGCAAAGCUUAGAAUUUGCAGUAAACCAACAAUUGUGUAUCUAAUCUGCUCUCAAAGUCUCAACUUCAAAUGAGAAGGAUGCCCAUUUCAACUUUCCAUGGUUUUAUUAUCUGCAAGAAAGGAAAGGUCAGAACUUUCUUACCACUGGGUAGAAGGAUUUUGCAAGUUAUCAUGUUUGAACCAUCUACUAUAAAGGGAACACCAUCAAAUUGCUUCUUUUGGAGAGUUCAUCACUGCUCUCCCUCUUAAGAGUCACCUCUUAGAAUCAUGUAAAUCAUCACAGCAGGGACUCCAAGUUCAAGCUCAAUUCAUCCUCAAUGGCGUGGACUGCAAAAUUCUCCCCAUGAGCAGUCUCCUCCCUUUUUUAUAGGAAAUAUCAAGUUCUAGUUGUAUUAAUGAUGAUUUGUUGAUCCAAGUAAAAGAAGUUCGUUUUA